AUGAACGACUGUACUGUCCCAACACUCCACCAAAGAACAGAUCCAGUACGCGACAAUGGAUGCCAUCGCGCUCCAUUACCUCAACAUCCUAGAACAAUCAAUCCUGACACUACUCCAACAUUCUUCAGACAGAUGCAACCAAAUUCGUCUCAUAUCUCUCAAUUAGAGAACAUUCGUGAUAAGCUGUUGGAGAUUGAGGAUGGAAUGGAUUGGCUGCGGGAGCCUGACGCCUGCAGCAUCUUGGAGAAGAUAAGAAAGAAGAUCGAGUCGGUGAUGACAUGGGAGAAGUUCUGGGAACUCAUCAUCGAACGCCAAAUCCAUUGUAUGGAGGACAUCCGGACAAACAGAAACAGACACAGAGAUGCACUGGACAAACAUCUCGUGCGGACAAACCAAUGA